UCAUUAGUGCUUUGCUCUUUCCUUCCCUCCAUGUGAAUCACUGAGGAGGGUUUAGCUGCUGUAUUAAGUGAACGUUACAAAACAAUGAGAUAAUAAUUGAACUGCACGUCACAUAAAGUACAGUAUGUCUGACAAACCAGACAGACCUCUUGAUCCUCUCCCCACACCCAGAAACCCUGCUCAUCAGUCAGUCAUCAGUCUAUGAGCAGAAACCAAGGGACACCAUUUGAAUAUUUAACAAUUGAAUAUUAAGAAAUAUAACAUAAAAUAUAUAUAAAUAUAAUAUUAUUACUACAGAAUAAUUCAUAUGUCAGGCAGCAUUGUUGCUUGUGCCAGGUGAGCUCUCUACAAGCUGUGUUGCCUCUCAGCUGGAGCAGCAGUAGUGUGUCAGCAGCAGCAGCAGCACAGAGACCCACCGACUGUCAACAAGGAGCCAGCAGGAGAAGAACCGGAAAAGAGCAGUUUUCAUCAGCCUGCUGGAAAACAAACACCUUGUAGCGGAAAGCACCACCGCCUGUCGUCGAGUUAGUGCCCGCCUCGAUGUUCAAACUUGAGCCAUCAGCAGUGAACUAGUACUUAUAGCUGUCUGUCUGUCUACAUCCUGCCAGCCGGUUAGCUCCUCGCUGCUAGGACCCACAGUAGCGUUAGCAGCUAAAGCUAAUCUAGUGGAGCUACUGGCCGUCCGAGAACAGCUCCCAGGAUGAGGCUGAAAGUGGGGUUUAUUCUGCGGAGUUUGCUCGUCGUUGGGACUUUCCUCGGCUUGGUGGUGCUCUGGUCUUCUCUGUCACCGAAAGCCGACGAUGAAAACCUUUUUGGGAAACGGGAUGACGGACAGGAUGUGCUGCCCAAAGGAGACUUAGCAGAUCAGUUUAAGCCUGUGGUGCCCUGGCCUCAUGUGGAAGGGGUGGAGGUCGACCUCAACUCCAUCAGACUCAAACAUGGAGGAGACAACCAUCCCCAAAAACCGGACCAGCAGCCCAACCAGAAGCAGGUGAUCCAGCAGCAGUAUGUGACAAUAAGGCCCCACUCACACACCUACACCAGCCCCAUCCUGAAGGAAGGUGUCCUGGGAAACUUUGAACCUAAGGAACCUGAGCCUGAGGGGGUCCCCGGUGGUCCCGGAGAGGGAGGCAAGCCUUUUGUCCUGGGUCCAGACUACAAAGACGCCGUCCAGGCUUCCAUCAAAGAGUUUGGCUUCAACAUGGUAGCUAGUGACAUGAUCUCAUUGGACAGGACCAUCAGUGAUAUACGCCAUGAACAGUGUAAGUACUGGCAAUAUGAUGACAGACUGAUGACCUCCAGUGUGAUCAUAGUCUUCCAUAACGAAGGCUGGUCUACACUGAUGAGAACCGUCCACAGUGUCAUCAAGAGGACUCCCAGGAGAUACCUGGCUGAAAUAGUCAUGAUAGAUGAUUUCAGCAACAAAGCCCAUCUGAAGGAGCGUUUAGAGGAGUACAUCAAGCAAUGGAACGGUCUUGUAAAACUCUUCAGAAAUGAGAAGAGAGAAGGACUGAUCCAGGCCAGGAGUAUAGGAGCCCAGAAAGCCACUAAAGGACAGGUGCUGAUCUACCUGGAUGCUCAUUGUGAGGUUGGAGUCAACUGGUAUGCUCCACUGGUUGCUCCAAUUUCAAAAGACAGAACGGUGUGUACGGUGCCCCUGGUCGACUCCGUCCAUGGCCAGAAGUACAACAUCGAGGCCCAGGGUGGAGGAGAUAAGGACGGCUUUGCUAGAGGAGCCUGGGAUUGGAGCAUGCUCUGGAAGAGAGUUCCUCUGGGAGACGCAGAAAAAAAACACAGAAAUACUACCACUGAGCCAUAUAGGUCUCCAGCCAUGGCGGGUGGUCUCUUUGCUAUAGAGAGAGAAUACUUCUUUGAGUUGGGUCUGUAUGACCCAGGACUGCAGAUAUGGGGAGGAGAGAAUUUUGAAAUAUCAUACAAGAUCUGGCAGUGUGGUGGCCAGCUGCUCUUUGUGCCCUGUUCUCGUGUCGGCCAUAUCUACAGACUUCAGGGAUGGCAAGGCAACCCUCCGCCUGCGCAUGUUGGAUCGUCGCCCACUCUGAAGAACUAUGUUCGUGUGGUGGAGGUAUGGUGGGAUGAAUAUAAGGACUACUUCUACGCCAGUCGUCCUGAAACUCUCUCUCUGGCCUACGGAGACAUCAGUGAGCUUAAACGCUUCAGGGAGGAACAUCGAUGCAAGAGCUUCAAGUGGUUCAUGGAGGAAAUUGCGUAUGAUAUUCCACUGCACUACCCUCUGCCUCCUAAAAAUAUAGAAUGGGGGGAGGUUCGAGGCUUUGAGACAAGUUACUGUAUUGACAGUAUGGGACACACCAAUGGAGGCAAUGUGGAAAUAGGACCGUGCCACAGAAUGGGGGGCAACCAGUUGUUCCGUAUCAAUGAGGUCAACCAGUUGAUGCAGUAUGACCAGUGCCUGACUAGAGGAGGUGAUAAUACAGCUGUCAUCAUCACACACUGUGAUCACAACCAGAACACUGAGUGGAAAUACUUCAAGGAUCUCCAUCGGUUCACUCAUGUACCAACAGGGAAAUGUCUGGACCGCUCCGACCUACUCCACAAAGUCUUCAUAUCAGACUGUGACAACAGUAAAACCACUCAGAAAUGGGAGAUGAACAACAUAGUGGCUGUCUGAAGACUGAACAACUCACACAAAGUAAACCACUGGCAGCAUGGAGAAAAACAUGGUGACUGUAUGAGGACAUACACACAUACACCAAGAAAUACAUCCAUACUCUGAGUUUACAGAUAUAUCAAGCUGAUACUGUCCUUUAAAGAAAAAAUGUUUUUGAUAUGAGCCAAUGGUCCAAUUUAAAGAUACAGAGUAUUGACUAUUGACAGGUUGGUUGGUACUGUUGGUACUGUUGGUACAUGCAUUAGACACAUAGACACUCCAGAUGGCAGAAGAAGAACUGGCUGGUAUGGAGGCUGAAGCUACUGGUUCUCCAAAUGACCUGUUGGACAAACACUGAACUGGAAUCAUGUUGGGUUCUUUCUCUGUCUGUCUCUUUCUUUCUCUGUCCUUCAUAGUGGUUCUGUUUACACUGUGUCUCUCUAUCUGUUCUUUUGGGCUCUCAGGUCUUUUCUAAACCACUACAUUGAUUUAUGAAACGAAUCACAUCAACUCUGGCUAUUGAACAUUCAUGCGAAUAUCAGACGUUUUCAAUCAAACCGAUUAGCUCACCUACCAAAGAGUCAUUUUGUUGGUGGAGGCUUCAAUGAAACAUCUUUUAACCAAACACAUUUUUACAUGUGCUGGCUGGCAUAACGCUUACUUUUGUCUACAAGUCAGUUUUAAGAUGGCUUUCAGGCUUUAAAGGGAAACUUUGGAGCCUUUUUAUAUGGAUGUCCAAUCGAUGUUGAUGGUAAAUGUAGUCCAUGAAGCAAUACAUUUCUCACUGCACGCUACAUUGACCCGGAAAGCUGAGUUCUCCUCGGUGCUCCUGCGCACUGGGCUGUGCCUACAUGUACCAGGAUUGGUUAAAACGGUUAAAAGAAAUGUUAAUAAUUAAUUAAAAAGCUGAGAAAAACUCGACAGGAAGUUGGCUCAGAUCUUGAGUUCGCUUGAACGGAGGAGUUGUAGCCUCGUAGCAUUUAUUCACCCACAAAUAAACUGUACACACACUGUCUGCUACACCUACCUUCACAGCUAGAAUGCCACCGACAACACACACAAGGUCUGUGAGGAACUCACUGAAGUUACGCCGCGCUGACAGACCGUAUGUGUGUGACUACGGGGAGCACGAAGCUACCAGCACAGCUACAGAUGCUAACGCGGCACAAACACACACACAGUUUGUUGGACAAUCGCUAAAGUUACGCC